AUGGCCGACACCCAGCUCUAUACUGAAUCCUUUGUAGAUGGGCCUGCUACCAAUCCGCCAGUCAAACUAUAUACGCGCACUUAUGCGCCCGCGCAUGCACAACCGAAGGCGGCCAUAGUCCAUGUCCACGGCUUUCUCGAACAUAGCGGACGUUAUACGCGCCCACACUCGCGCUGGGCGGCAGCUGGAUUCGGCCUCUUCUCCUAUGAUCAGCGUGGCUUUGGUUUGACGGCGCUCGAGAAGGACGGGAAGCACAAGAAGGGUCCCGGUGCCAGUCUGUAUGGCCACGCGAGCGACGCCGAGCAGGUCCGCGACGUGCUUUGGGCAGUUGAGCACGUCGAGAAGUUGUGGCCCGGAACGCCCAUAUAUCUUAUGGGGCACUCCAUGGGAGGCGGCCUGGUGUUGGCCGCGUUGACGCGCGCAGGGACACAGGAGCAACUUACAUCGAAGAUUCGCGGCGUCAUCGCUAGUUCUCCAUGCAUUGCGCUCACGCAUCCUCCCUCGUCCAUUCUACGUCGCGCGGGAGGUUGGGCGUCGAAGCUUUCUCCGAACAUGCCGCUCAACGCCCCGGUGGACGGCUCCGCCCUCAGUCAUGAUCUGUCCGUUGGCGAGGCCUUCAAGGCGGAUCCCCUCAUUCAGGCCAAGGUCACGGUUGGAAUAGUUGAGGCGAUGCUCUCUCGCGGCGAAGAACUCAGUCGUCAGCGCAAGAUAUCCUGGCCUAGCACGCUUCCUCUCCUCGUGGUCCAUGGCGACAAGGAUGAGGUGUGCUCUAUCCAGGCAACUCGCAAGUUCUUCGACAAGGUCGAGGCGAAGGACAAGAUGUUAUCUGUUUACCCUGGCGGCUAUCACGAACUGCACAACGAGCCAGAUGGCGUCGCGGAGAAGUUCGUCGACGAACUCAUUGCUUGGGUCCAGAAGCACGUCGAUUCUUCACAGGCUCCCGCUUUUGAGCGCACCUCUUCACGCCUAUAG